AUGAAGACGAGAUCAUCAAGAUUCUUUAUAAUACUCCUUCAUCUUUUGGGGGUAUCCAAUCACCAUCUACCCUCUUGGUAUUAUGAUUAUCUAACCAACACAUCCGCCUCAGAGCGAUCAUCCUUCUACAGUGGGAUCAGGGGUGUCCAUCCACACUCGAUAACUCUGGAACGGUUAGACUUGAGAGAAGUUGGAGGCUUGGAUGGAGUGGACUGGUUGGGAGACCACAGAGGAGAUCAGGAGCAACAACAAUCGUUAUCACAAUCGAGUGAUUCGGCAGCAGCAGCGACGACAACGACAACACAGGAGACCAGAGAGCCCUUUUGGUUACAGGAUAGUCGGGAUGGAAAGUGUUUGGGGCCUAGUGGGGGCUUUUCGGAGUGUGGAGAUGCAACACUCUGGUUCAUUCUCAGGAGAGGGACACAACGCAAGUCUCUGAGAAUGGGGCCAUUUGGGGUGGAAGAAGUCUUGGAGAGAGCUGAUCCGGAGGAACCAUACCGCUACGCUCUGCAAAUAGUCGACAACGACUAUGAUGGGGCAUCUACAAUAUCAGUAGAAACAUCGGCAUCAAUGACUUCUUCCCGCUUCUUUUCGUGGAGACAUCAAAGGCAACGACGCCAGCAGAAAGACUGCCUGGUGCCCGCGCCCAAGUCUAGACGACGACACGGGGCACUCGAGCUUGGCUCUUGUGGCAAGCAAAAAACGGCAUGGUCGUGGCGAGUGGAUCCCCAAGGAUUCCUCUAUCUGCCGAACGAUGUGAGCCACACCAACGGACGGGAAUGUCUACGGCGAAGUAGUACUGGAUCCUCUGCUGUGUUGUCUGCUUGUCAAGACAAUGGCAGUGAGGCGGACUCGCAGCACCACGAACAGCAACGCCUGGUACAGUUCUCCUUAGUACGGUACCAUGCCACGGCAAAUCCAUCAGUCGCCCCCUCCAACAACAACAAAGUUCGACCAGAGCAGAAGAAGGAAAAGCAAGCUGAAACGUCAAAUCGUCCUUCCAAGCCGAGGGAAGGCCUGCCCAGCACAAAGGACAAGGCUCACUCACAUGCGUCAGAUCCCGUUGCUCACUCUCCCAUCUUUGAAAUGAAUCUCGCUGGAAGGCCGUUGAGGUCAGCCAUUCCAACGCCUCAAGAUCGAAAGGACGCUCAAUCGCAACCCUUUGCGGCACUGAAGGAUACCAACCCCAUCCUCUUUGUCGGGAAAACCCAGCCAGAGCAGAGCAAUCCAUCCAAGGAGGCUGCUUCUUCAGACCCAAGGGCGACGACACCACCACCGCAACCAUCUGUUUCAUCUCUGGGGAAACUGCGCAAAAUUGAAAUGAACCCGUACAUUGCGGCUUCCCAAGAUGAAAUCUGGGUUGACCCACUCACCGGGCUGCAGUAUCCUACGGAUCUUUGUAAGUAUUUGGGGCAUGAUCGAAGAGAGUCGGGCAGGCAUACGCUUGUGGGGGUUGGCCAAUUUAUGAAGACAAUGUUGAAGAUUAAGGUCUAUGGCAUUGCUCUUUACGUUUCCAAACGAGACGUUUUGGCUGACCCUGCAUUUCAGCAGUAUGCAGGUCUGAGCUCAGAAGAUCUUCGUAAGCGCCCUGAUUUCUACGAAAAGCUACGUUCAGCUGGAGGCUUUGAUCGAACACUAGUGUUGAAGACCAACAUGCAACUCGCUACUGAAACGAUGCGUUCUAGUUUGGAUUCUGAUUGGAAGAUGCUCUCGGAAGAAGCCAAAGCUUUGUUGAUUGACACCAGUAUGAGGCCAAGACCAGCCGAGCAACAAAUGCUCGAACAGAUCCAGCGAGCGGACAACCCUAGUCGAUGUUCCUGUGCGCAAUCUGCACCGGAGGAGUACCAGGCUGACCCUACGUGCUGUGCUCGUGGCAUUGAACUUGUCUUUACGUGGAGGAAGAAUGGUGAUUUGGAGGUUCGGUUGAAUGGCCGGUUAAUGGAUUCAUUCCCGAGACCUGAUAUCGGCAACGGUAUCUUCUUCGAGUACCUGAGAACUGAUGAUCCUUUCUCUCCUGAUUUUCUGGAACGAGCUGUCGACGGUUUUCCAUUUUUAUUGGCUCCUCUGGCUCAAAUUCAGGGGAUUACAUCGUCCGUGCUGCAAGCUGCAGCCCCGGAACCGGAACCGGCCAAAGAACCUGCCCAUGCGUUCAUCAUCAAGACUGUGGGCGGCGCCGCAGAGGCAUUUACGUCUCAUGCAGCCAACUUGGCCGCGGCAAUGCAGCAAGGAGCGUCGGAUACAGCUGCAAAUGCCGCAAACACUGUCCAUUCCGCUGGUGACGCAAUGCGUCAAUUUGGAGAAGAGGCAGAGAGAAAACGAGUAGCAGCCUGGAAUCAAAUGGUUGCCAUUUCGCAGCAGCACCCCGCAGACGUUUUUGCGCAGAUGGUGGCACGAGCCAAGGGGGAGAAGCGCACCGAGCCCGUUAUCCCAGUGGAAGAACCAGAGGAGAUUGUCCUUCGGAGCAACGCACCUCACGGGAAGAUCUUUCGACAGACAACGUCCAAGUGGUUUGGCGAGACCAUGGAUGCCCCCGAUGAAAUUGGCCCAAUGAUCCACCCCACAAUGAACAAGACGAUCUUGUCAUUGGUUCAUUUUUACCUGCUGCUCAUCCUCAUCGUGAGUUUCCCACCCACCAAUGCCAGCAAGACGAGAUUUGUUGUGCGACGAAGUUGCAAGAUGAUUCCCGUCUCUUCGAGUGAGUUAUCUCUGGGUGGGUUGGAUCUUGAUUCAUCCGAGAAGGAAACGAUAGUUCCCAGGAGAGAGCAGUAUCGACCAGUGCAAGCCGAGUACGUGAACCCCAGAGGGAGCGGCAAAAAGGUUGCCCCAGAACCGCCCGGCAGCGACGACGAGUGCUGCUUGUACCCUGGGUACGACAGCGAUCCUGCAAGCGAGGGAUUUAGUCCCCAGAGAAUACACAUUGAUCUGAGCUCUCAGGACGGGAGAGAAUCCACGACGACACCAGCAUCCAAGAAGAAGCCAAGCAGCGUCAAGCGAUUCUUUCAACGACCUCCUCGAAGCACGCCGAAAGCCACUCGCCGAUCUCAAAGCCUGGACUGUCCCGAAAGUGAGCGAAGUAGUGCUUCGGACGGCUCUGGUAGUGGAAAUACCAAGAAAUCUUGGAGAAGAAAAAGCGGAGAAGGUAAACCCCCCAUACCCGCAGUGAAGAAAGGGUCUGCCAACGACAAGGUGAAGAAGAACCUGAGUUACUUUUUGUGA